CUGUUGCGCCCUCGAACAGACGAUUGCCGCUAGGAAGGGCUCGCACAUGUGCGCGACGUCUCCAUGAGCACGCCCACUGGCCCCCCUCUCGACAUCCGCCCGCCCACCUGCCCCUCACCGGCCGCUCCUACGCCCGCACCUCUCCCCUCAACCGCAGGUCUCGCCCUGAGCGGGCGCGCGCGGCCAUGUUCGAGAAAUCGCUCUACGACCUCAUCCGAGGCCUGCGCAACCACAAGGGCUCGGAGAAGGAGUACAUCGCCGACAGCAUCAGGGAAUGCCGGCAGGAAAUCCGCUCCAACGACAUGGACCUCAAGUCCACCGCGCUCAUGAAGCUGACCUACCUCGAGAUGUUUGGCCACGACAUGUCCUGGGCGUCCUUCAACGUGCUCGAAGUCAUGUCCAGCCCCAAGUUCCGCCACAAGCGCACGGGGUACCUCGCUGCGGUGCAGAGCUUCCGCAGAGACACAGAGGUCCUCGUGCUCGCGGAGAACCAGUUGAAGAAGGACAUCAUGCUGCCUACGCCGCCGUUCAUCUCGCUGCCGCUCGGCGCUAUCCCCCACGUUAUCAACCCCAGCAUGGCCAAUUCGGUGCUGUCCGAUCUCAUACCGCGCUUGACGCACUCGAGCGCGCAGAUUCGCAAGAAGACUGUCGUCACGCUGUACCGACUGGCGCUCGUGUAUCCCGAGACGCUGCGACCUGCAUGGCCGAAGAUCAAGGAGCGCCUGCUGGACGAGAGCGAGGACGCCAGCGUAACGGCUGCUAUCGUGAACGUCGUCUGCGAGCUGGGUUGGAGGAGACCACAGGAUUUCCUGCCACUUGCGCCGCGGCUGUUCGAUCUCUUGGUGGAAGGCGGGAACAACUGGAUGGCCAUCAAGCUCAUCAAGCUCUUCGCGACGUUGACCCCCCUCGAACCUCGACUGAUCAAGAAGCUACUGCCUCCGUUCACCAAGAUUAUCCGCGAAACGUCGGCCAUGUCCCUGUUGUAUGAGUGCAUCAGCGGCAUAAUACAGGGUGGCAUUCUGGAAGCUGUCGAAGGCACCACAGAGGGCGAAGAGGUAGCAAAGCUGUGCGUCGGCAAGCUGAGAGGCAUGAUGGUCAUAGAAGGCGACUCCAACUUAAAAUACGUUGCGCUACUGGCUUUCGACAAGAUCGUCGGCUCGCAUCCAUACCUCGUCGGCCAACAACAAGACGUAAUACUGGAAUGCAUCGACGACCCCGACAUCUCGAUACGGAUGCGCGCUCUCGACCUUGUCGUUGGAAUGGUCAACCCUGACAACCUCAGUGCGAUCGUGGGACGCCUCAUGCGCCAGCUGCGGAACGCGCCUAUAGCUACUGCGGCAGACGAACCGGAGAACGACCGAUUCAGAAACACGGGCGUGGUGCCGUACGCGGACUCCGACGACGAGGACGCUGAAGACGCUCUUCCAUCACACGAGCAAAGAUCGGAUCAGCCGCCGCCACUGCCUGACGAUUACAGGGUCAACGUCAUCCGAAGAGUUCUGGACAUGUGCUCGCGCGAUACUUACAGCAACGUCACCGACUUCGAGUGGUACAUCGACGUACUGACUCAACUCGUUCGGGUCGCACCCGCCACCAAGCAUGUAGCGACCGCAGACGACGAGGAAGAUGCAGAGCACUCUGAUGAUGAUGUAGGCGCUGGCAUCGGACACGAGCUACAGAAUGUUGCGGUACGAGUCCGAAGCGUACGCCACGAAGCUGUUGACGCAGCGCAGUCACUGGUGCUCGUGGACCGCAGAGACCGAAUGUUCCCAGCCUCGGGCAACGGUGGGCAAGGUGUGCUUGAAUACGCUGGCUGGCUUGUCGGCGAAUAUGCAUCCUACCUCUCACAACCCGAACCCGUCAUGACAUCGCUGUUACACCCUGCAUCGUUGCAGCUCUCCUCGAAAACGCUCGCUGUAUAUCUCCAGGCGAUACCCAAGGUCUUCUCAAGCAUAGCCGGCAACGAGCGGAUAUCCUGGACCCCGGAACGAAAGACACUGAUGUCUCUCCUCAUGGCUCGCAUCAUCCAUUUCCUUGAACCACUUUCGACGCAUCCUAGUCUUGAGGUUCAGGAACGUGCCGUUGAGUAUCUCGAACUGAUGCGAUUAGCCGCCGAGGCUGCCUCUGGAGCACCGACUGACACCGAAGGAGACUUUGCAGAACCACCGCUCCUGCUAACGCAAGCCAUACCCGCGCUGUUCUCUGGCGCCGAGCUCAACCCAGUCGCACCAGGCGCCCAGCGCAAGGUUCCGAUACCAGACGACCUCGACCUCGAUACCCCCAUCAACCCGGACCUACACUCUCUCCUCUCUCAAGCCGAGCAAGAGGGCUUCGAGACAGACGAAGACGAUGUUUACGCCGCCUACAGCGAGCCCAUCGCCUCCUACGCCUCCUACGCCUCCUCCGAACCCACUCCAAUUGCAGCUGCCGACCGCCUCGACGCUCCACACAAAGAACCCGCAUCCUACCAAAACGCCGUGGAAGAAGAGUAUCUCGACCCCGACAUCAUCGCCCGCCGGAAAGCAGAGCGCAAAGAGCGCUACAAAGACGACCCCUUCUACAUCGACCCCGAGGGCGGCAGCGGCGCCGUCACGCCGCUCAGCAAGAUCGUGCGCGACGGCAACAAAGACGGUACCGAUCUGGACAUCGACUCGAUACCGAUCAUGGACCUCGAUCUUUCUACAAACAGUCGCCACGCGUCCUCGGACAAUAUUCCCCGCGCCCGCAGCCCCCGCAAGCCAGUCCGCAGAGUGGAAAUCAUGGGCGACGAGACGCUUGGCCCGGCAUCCCAGGACCCGGAGCGCGAGGAUAUCGUUGCGCCCAAAUCAACGAACACGCGUAACAAGAAGUCUCUGCUACAGGUUGACAGCGCAGGCCUUGCUUCUCUGUCCCUCGAUGACGAGGGCGGAAGUAGUAAUCGCCGCCUCGCAGCGCUGGAGAUUGAGCGCAAGGAGCAGGAAGAAGCCGAGAUGGCACGCGCACUGCAAGCCGUCGAACGUUCACGACUGGAGAUGCAGAGGGCGAGUGAGCGAGUUGAUUACAAGGAAGAGAGCGUGGUUAAGAGGAAAAAGAAGAAGGUUAGGAGAGUUGCUGUGGAGGGGUAUGAGCCGGCGGAGACGCCGCCGGUAGAAGGGGAGGGGGAUGCACAGCCGGUCAAAAAGAGGAAGAAGAAGCAGAAGAAGAAGGCCAAGCCGGAGGAUGAGAUGGAGGGGGCGGAGGAGGUGCCGGAAGGGGAGGCCAAGAAGAAGAAAAAGAAGAAGAGGGUUGUUGUUAUGGACGAGGGUGCGUAACAGUAGGUUGACGGUUGCAUAGAAGGG